AUGAGAUCUUUCAUCUAUCGCGCUGCGAUUGCAGCCACAGUGCUUGCGCAACUAGCGAUAGCGGUGCCACAUGGAGAUGACGAGCAUAUGGGUAUGGAUAUGGAUAUGGAUAUGGAUAUGGGUGGUGGCAGGGCGGCGACCUCGUCGCCAUCCGCAGCUCCUCCAGACGACGGUCCAAUGAGUUACUUUGCGUAUAGUAAACACACUGGCGCAAUCAUGGCGCAUAUUGCGCUUAUGAUGCUCGCCUGGUGUAUCGUUCUUCCAGCAGCUGUAAUGCUCAGCGUGGCGCGCUCACGACUUGCCCUACCGUCGCAGCUCCUUUUUCUUCUGGUGAACGGUUUCGGCAUGCUCCUGGGAAUCGUCUACAACAGCCAGACUCCGGACCUCUACGAGAACAACGCGCACCACAAGAUUGGAUGGAUCGCGACAUGGGUGUUCAGCGCUCAGGCUGUCUUGGCUCUCAUUUUCACUUACGCCGGACGUGGCGAGUCUUCUACAGACAAGGACGCCUACGAGCACGCGGCAUUCUUGCCCGUCGCAACGGACGAUCAUGAACACACUUACCCGGCGCAUGCCACACAUGGCUAUCGCUGGUCCAGAGACAGCGGCCAGGGUACGGAACCAGGUUCCCCGACCCAUGACACAAGUUCCUCUUCGUCUUUCAAUUCACCAGUAGAAUGCGACGAUGGAUUCGAAAAGCCCGAGGCAGAGCUUCCUGUUCAACCAACGCCAAGGAGGGGAUGGUUACACAGCACUUUUGUGGACCGCUUCUUGUCGAAUCGCGUUCCAGGCCUGGUUUCCAACCGGGUGCUGCGCAUCUUCAACGGACUGUACAACGUGGUAGAUCGCAUCAUUCUGCCUUUUGGAUUUGUCGCCAUUGCAACCGGCGCGGUGACUUACGGUGGUAUCAUGCGGGAUCGCGAAAUCUUCAAUGGUCUGGCACACUUUAUCAAGGGAGGAAUCUUCUUCUGGUAUGGAGCCCUCACGUUGGGUCGCUAUGUCGGCUGCUGGGCGGACCUAGGAUGGGCCUGGAACAAGAAACCUCCAGCCUCAAUCGUGGGGUGGAAGGCAAAGGUACCCACGGGAGAAUUCACCGAGUCGUUUGUGAUCUUCUUGUACGGAAUCACCAACGUCUUCCUCGAACACUUGGGAGGCAAUGGGCAAUGGUCCGCAACUGAUCUGGAGCACGUCUCCAUCUCGGUUAUGUUCUUCGGCGGCGGCCUGGUCGGUAUGCUCUUCGAGUCCUCCCGCAUCCGCGAAACCAUGAACAGCACUAUUCUCCGAACCCCUGCACACGUUGGACGCGAUGAGCGCUGGCAGACUCCCAAAUCACAAGGUGUUUCUCUGAACCCUAUGCCCGCCCUGAUCAUCUUGCUGCUGGGUAUGAUGAUGGGCUCUCACCACCAAACAAGCAUGACAUCGACGAUGGUUCACAAACAAUGGGGUAACAUGUUGAUGGGCUUCUCCUUGGCCCGCGGCAUGACCUACGUUCUGCUGUUCCUGCGCCCACCCACGUCGUAUCUGCCUGCUCGUCCGCCCACCGAGAUCGUUGCAUCGUUCUGCCUGAUGUCGGGCGGCUUGAUCUUUAUGCUGAGUACGCGCAACGUGAUCGAGGCUAUGGAGUAUUACGAUGUGGAUGCCAUGUUCACCUUCACUGUUGGCAUGGGCUUCACCGCUUUCAUCAUGGCCCUGGAGAUUCUCUCGAUUGCACUGAAGGCAUGGGCCGUGAAACGCGAGCACCGACCCCAAUUGGGAUUCCACUUCCCUUAG